AUGCUUUUUGAAGUAUUUGGUGAAGUGUUAGCAUCGUAUAUCGUAUCGUCAAAAACUAAGGGAGAGUUGGCGUUUCCAGUGAACAAUGCGCCACCGGAUUCUCUUGUUGCAAUAAAUUGUGUAGUGCUAUUCUUGAGAUCAGCAAUCGGAUCCUGUUCAGGGGCUAAAGAAUUAAUAAGAUCGUCAGCUUUGGAAUUGUCAUGCUCCUCUAGUUGCGGAUUACCAGCCACCGACAAACCAGGGUCUUUCCAUUCUGGCGCACUAUCCAAGUCUAUCUUGUCCGCAAAUGAAGCUGUGGUCUCUAAAAGCUCAUUGUCUUUUCUUUCUUCAUUUGUAGAUAUUUGA